ACCAACACGGCACAGACUUUUUUUUUUCGCCCCCUUUCUCGCGGCGUGGCUUUCGCGACUAUAUAACAAGGCCUCAACGCCUUGCGCUGCAUCAAUCACAAAUCCAGCAACUGCCGGAAAGAGCGCCGAUUGCGCUCCGAUACUGCCGAGAUGGGGCUCUCCAAGUCGACGCGGAUUAUGAUACUACUGGGGAUUGACACUGCCUUCUUCUUCGUUGAGCUGAUUGCGGGUUAUACGGUGCAUUCUCUCGCUCUGGUCGCCGACUCCUUUCACAUGUUAAAUGAUGUAAUAUCCCUCUUGGUCGGACUAUGGGCCGUCAAGGUCGCCAGCCAAAAGACCAACUCCAAGACAUACACGUACGGGUGGCAACGCGCCGAAACUCUGGGUGCCUUGAUCAACGGCGUCUUCCUCGUCGCACUAUGCCUUUCCAUCUUCCUCGAAGCGAUUCAGCGAUUUGUUGAGCCACAAGAAGUCUCGCAUCCUGUCAUCAUUCUUAUCGUCGGUUCUUGCGGCCUCCUAUCGAACAUUGUUGGCCUCUUCCUUUUCCACGACCACGGUCACAGCCACGGCGGUCACUCACACGGACACGACGCACAUUCACAUGCCGAGGAGGGACACUCUCACGGUGUAGAUGCACACGAUCAUGAAGUGGCGGAUGAGAGGGGUAAUGUGGCGGAUGUGCUACCUCAAAACCGCAUCGGCUUCCCCUCGAACCUGACGCAGAGCCCCACCAAGAAUGGAGCAUCGCCUUCUCCCAAUGCCGACAGGCGCCGAUCCUCUAUCUCCAAGAAGAACAAGCGCCACAGCAGGUCCCAAUCACGGACAUAUGCCACUCUGGACGAAAUCUACGUACACCCUUCCUCUUUCAGGAACAGCAUCAUAGAAUCAUCUAGACUACACGACGAGGAGGCUGAUGACGAGGACAACAACACACCGGACGAAGAACCGACUGAGCAAACGUCGUUGUUGGGCCAGUCUAAAAGCAACGGCUCCCACGGUCAUUCACACGCACACGGCAAGCCAGCAAAGAACGAUCAGCACAAGGACCACAAGCACAACCAGCCCAGGGAACAAGCAUCUGGUGGCGGCCAUGGACACUCUCACGCUGACCUAAACAUGCGUGGUGUCUUUCUGCAUGUCAUGGGAGAUGCUCUUGGUAACAUUGGUGUCAUUGCAACUGCCCUAUUCAUCUGGCUUACCGACUACUCGUGGAGGAUGUAUGCUGACCCCGCCGUGUCUCUCCUGAUCACCGUCAUCAUCCUUCUCUCUGCAUUGCCAUUGUGCAAGGCGGCAUCUCGUAUCCUGCUCCAGGCCGUCCCGGAGAACAUGUCGAUUGACGAUAUUACCGACGACAUCACGGACCUUGACGGUAUCAUCUCUUGCCAUCAUCUCCAUGUCUGGCAACUGUCUGAUACCAAGCUUGUUGCCUCGCUGCACGUUCAGGUCAACUUUGACUUCAAGGAUGAGGGCUCAGCACGCUACAUGGAUCUUGCACGCCAGAUCCGCGAAUGCCUUCACCAAUAUGGUAUUCACUCUUCCACGAUCCAGCCCGAGUUCUGCCUCAACGCCAGCCAUGAUCACUCAGCGCAGGCUUCUGAUGAGAGUGGCACCGAAGAUGGUGGUCGCAUCAGCAAGAACCCCAGUGUCAAGGGCGCGGCUGAUUCGUGUCUCCUCGAGUGUCCGGACAGCUGCGGCGGAAACAAGCAGUGCUGUGAGCCUGGCACUACUGGCCCCAACACGUCCUCGUAAGAGUCACUGACUUUGAAUUCUUUGCAUGGAGUCUUGUUUGCACCGUAUUUAUGAGUUUGUGUUGAUAGUACCCGGACAUGUAUUUGUGUCGACGUAUUCUUUGUUAUGGGUUGGUCUCGUUGGAAAAGCAUGGGCGGAUGUCUGUUUGUUAGCAUACCAGUAUGGAUCAAAUAUAGGAGGAAAGCUGGUGACAUAGAGCAGUUUAAUAUAAUCUACAAAGUUGACGUCAAGAAUAUUCCAAAGCACAACCCAAGCUCGAAUCACAAGGCUCGUAUUCUUAUCUUUCCAUGCGCAUGCAGUGCUACCGAUUCCGCCCUUGGUCGCACCAAAGUUGCUCCGUGCUGACGGCAUGGUCUUGUGGGGUUGUGGGCUGGCUAAGCGGGCAACAUGUCCACUGGCACAGCCUUCCCACCCUGUCACAGGCUACAGAUAACUAUCAAGCAUUUGCCAAGGUGAUUUUGGUGGAGUUUAUACGGGCACUAGAAGACGCAGCUUCCAGAUACGUGGUUGCCCUUGGUCUAUCACGGCGAGAAAGCCCGUCCACAGCAUGCAGUGCAGGCUUCUGGAAGGGCUCGGAUGGGAUAUUGAUAGAGCGCUUAAUCGAGGAUGCGGCCGGGGUUAAGGCGGGGAUUGCGCUUAAGGACGGGAUUUGGGGUUUUGUUGCGACCACGACCGCGCCGCUGACACGGGCAAUGGCUGCAGGCGAGAAAGCUUAGAUUACGCCUGCCGCUCUGGGCACGACUUAGCGAUGCGGGCAUACGUGUGUGGAUGUGGUUGUUAAUAUUGGUGGUGGGGUUGGACGGGCGGAAACGAGGUAAAGAGGGAUGCGGAGGAGCAAGGCUGACACUGUCACAAUCACGCUAUACAACCGAGGAGAUUGAGGCAGUGGUAGGCACGACGUUGUUGUACC